AGAAUAUGUAUGAGAGAGCCGACCACUAGUAAUCGUAAGCCACCCACUGCCACUUCAAAGAUGCAGGCCUCCUCCUCCUCGUCUAGUAAGCGCCCGCCUGGAGCGGCCGUCAACAGAAUCACGGCACGGGCACCAACGACAAAUCAAAGCAUGAACUGUUCUGCGCGAGAACCGCGAAGUGGCAAGAGCACUGCAGAUGGCAUUGAUCAUGCUGACGUAUCUGUCAAACCAAAAGCUGAAGCUGCUCAAGGGAACUACAAUACCAGCGCCGCAAGUAGUAGAUCUUCUUCCAUGAAGGGCAAAAAGUCCGCUCCUGCUUCAGCAUCAAGGGGAAAGGCUGCUCGAGGUGCACAAGCGAAAGCCGCAGCUGCAGCAGCUCCUCGACCUGUUGCAGAAGCUUCUCAGCGUGCAAGAACAGCCAAGGCUCUAUCUUCAUCAUCAUCAAAAGUAGACGCGGUCCCAUCAAGCUCAAGCAAAGCAAAUGCAAAAGCCAGUGCUAGGCCGAAGGCUACAACGAGGAGUAAAGCUCCUGUAUCUUCCGCUGCCGCAACAAGAAAGACAACAGCUGCGAAUUUCAGUAAGAAGCGAAUAAAACUGAAUCCUUUAGAAGAACAGUUUCUGCUCAACCAGUUGGAAAAGUCAACGUCUUCGGAGGUAGAAGACCAAGCGGAUGAACCGCAACUAAAACUCAACGACACGGACGAUUUUUUCCCGGUAGACGACCAGCAUGCGGACGAUGAAAAUGUUACACGUGGCUUUGUUCCUGUUGGGCGAGUAGGAGGUGGAAGCAAAUCGUCGAAAACCGCUGCUGCCGGGUCUGCACGUCGUGGCCCAUCAAGUGCGAUAUCAAACAAGCGCUCCGCCGCGAAAACACAAGCCGCGGGAGGGAAGAACACCAGAGACAAGCCCCUGCUGCUGGCCUCUGGUGCAAGAACCGAUCGUCCAGACGAUGAAGAUCUCGCCCAGGUUCUUGGCGCCCUGGGAGACGACGCUUUUGCCGAAGAUGCGCUUGCACGAAAGGCGAUGGGGAUGGAUGAAGAUGACGACGUUGAUGAUGAUGUUGAUGAUGACUUUCUUUUGGAUACGAACAAGAAGCAGCGAAAAAUGAUGAAUACCAAAGCAAAAGGAAAAGCAAAACCAAAAGCGAAGGCUGUAACCACCUCUACUACUACUGCCAAGCGCGGCAAGAAUACAACCGCCAGUAACGAGAAGAACCACGUGACCUUCCUCGCCCAGCUAGACGCCGCGUUCGGUUUCAAAGAAGGUAGUGAAGCCCAGGAUGAGCAGGGCGUGAACCAGAAGCGGAUUGAGCGGCUCGCAGCAACAAUGAAGAAGAAUGAGGAGGAGAAAAUUUUUGUGCAGGAAGGAAAAAUCAACAUGGCGGAGGAUUUAGCAGUAGUUUUGGAGAAAAAGAAAAAGAAACGCCGGCUUUUAUUUCCCUCCGACAGCAGCUCUCUCUCCAUCGACAGCGACGACUCGAAGUACGACGAAAAAGUCGAACAGAUUACCCCCCCUAAAUUUCCUGUACAUGUACAGAUGCGGUUUCUGCAUGACAAAAGUUUCCUUCGUUUCUAUUCAGCAUGACAAGUAGCAUGCUCCAAGUUGGUGACAUUUGUGAUGCGUUUUGUACACGUACAGGAAAUUUGUAUUGCAUACAGAGGAAGAAAGAACGCCUGUCGAAAGAGGAGAGGGAAAAAGAAGACUGGGAGCGGUUUAUCAAACAAAAAAGUGUUAACCCUAACAGUUUCUUUGCACAGAAUGCAGUCACGCAUAACAGAUUUUGCCUAAUAUGCAUGCUAUGCAUGACAAAUUGGGGCGUGUUUUGAUGUGAUGCGUCACUGCAUUACAAAUUUCGUUAGCGUUAACACUUUUUUCUGUGAUACGGUUUGAGAGGAAAUUAAACAGCUUCGAGCAGUACCUCCAUGCGAAGUUUGCGGCGAAGGCAAUUCAAGAGUACCAGAAAUUGCGGGCCGCGAGAAGGGGCGGUGGUGGUGGUUUGUUUGGUGGUGCAGGAUCAGUAGCAGCAGCAGCCUCUUCUAGCAGCAGCAGCAGCAGCAGCAGCAGCGCAAGUUCCAUCCUGUUCCCCGCGUUCCAACACAUUCCGAUGCCGAACGACUUGAAGCCACUCCUGACCCUCGAUUUCAAGAAAACGUUUUUCACCAACUACACAAUCCCGCAAAUUGUCGCGAAGGAUCGCAAACUAUUAGAAGCGCCCGGCGUCGCCUGCAGAAUCACCGACGCGUCGAAGAGAAAAAUCGUGAACAUGAUUCAGGACCGGCAGUGGAAAAAUACUUUCUCUUUCGCGGAACGGGUAAAGAAGAUUGACGGUCUGGAGGACGUGAUAGAAAUUGUGCGGAAGCUGGAUUUCAACGAUUUUACGUUUGAGGGGUUGGAGAAAGAAGUAGAGGAACAAGAUAUUGCUGGCGGUGACCACAACGACAUCAUCAUCGACCCUGCCACCGGGGAGUUAAUCGUCCCCGAAGGGGAGGAAGUCUACGACCCUGCCAGGAUGUUUGUGGACCCAAAGAAGGGUAUGCAAUGCAACAGUAUCGUACUCGUGUAAAUGCAAUUCUUGCAUUACAAAUCUUGUUCCCAAGGCAAAUCUGCAUUACAUCAUACUGAGGAAAUUUGUAUAUGCAAUUUCUACUACUAGUACUACGAUACUUUUGCAAUGCAUAAAAGGCUUCGUCGGCCACGAUGCGAUUGACUUCGAUAACAAGACAAAAAAGGCGAUAAGAGAAAGGCUGAAAAAGAUGGAAAAGUCGUUUGAGCUGAUCACGCAGCGGAUUGUGAAAGCGGUGCGGGCGGUAGGUCCUCGCGCGGAUGAUGAUGAGCCAGAUCCUGGAGAAGCAGACGCAGGAGGAGUUGUGACUUCGUCCGUCUCCGUUGCUUUGACAAGCUCUACAAAUAAAACGAUGGCCGGCGCUGCGACAUCUUCUGUUGCACCCAAGAGGAAGAAACAAAAAGUCGAAACGCUGCUCCCCCUCGAAGAAGAUGAUGAUGACGAGGACUUGCUUCUGCAGCAAAAUGACAGGAGUGCAGCAUCAACUCAAGGACGAACCCCUAAAGAACCCCCCGCUCAAAAAGUAGAAAAGUUCGCCUACCGGGACGAUGAGGAGAAAACUCUUGCCGACUUCAUCCACGAGCAUUUAAUCACCCUCCGGGAAAAAGUCGUCCGCGCCCAGAUAGCGCAGGUCGCGAGGAAACAAAAAGACGACGAAGAAAAAGGCAAAACACGCGAGAAGCAAAUCCGGAAGCAGGAACGGAAGCACAAGAAGAUUCAGGAGAAGAUCCGGCAAAUGAAAUCCAAGGGCUUGCACUUACGCGACGAUUGGGUGGAACAGUCGAAAUACGAGCUACAACAGAAAAAACUCGCGAGAGCAGAGCAAAGGCUUGCGAAUUUUAGGAGGAAUAAGUUUGCGAAAAACAAGCCUAAGUCUUCGAUUGACCAGGAUAUUAUCGCCGAUUCGGACGAGGACAGCGGGAGUAGUGUAAGAUCCACCUCAUCUUCCUCCUCGGACAGCGACAAGAAUUCCAUGUUAGAUCCGGAUCUGGAAGAGAAUUUCGGACAUUUGUUGGACAAGAAGGACAGGGAAGAACUGGAAAAAAGCGAGAACAGCAGCAGUGCAUCGUCUGAUUCAGAUUCUGGUGGCUCUGAUGUUAAAAAUACCGACGGCAGGAAGAAGAAAAAGAAGAAAAAGCGAAAAAAUAGAAGUGGUUCUACUUCUUCUAGCAGCAGCUCUGAGGGGGAAAACAAGAACCAGCGGGUUCCCAUCCCGGAGGAUGUUUUCAACACUGAUAGUGAUAGCGACGACGACAGCGAAGAGCUCGUAAGGGUGCCGCUUUUUGGUACCAGUGCUAACACAAAGAAGAUCAAGAAGGAGAAUCAGGAUAACGAUACGGAUAAGGAUUUAUUUUCCGAAGAGGACGAGAGCGACCAGAUAGUCACCAGUAUUAGUAAAAGCAGAAAAGCCCUGACGAAGACGAAGAUCAAGAAGGAACAAAAUCCGGAUUCCGACGAGGACAUGGAGGAUGUCGAGGAUGAGAUGAUGCGAGGUGCGAAACCUGCGGCUUCGCUCUUCGGCACCAGCACGUUGAUGUCGUUGGCAAAAAAUACGAAGAAAGGAAAGAGUACUAGCACGACCAAUGCGGGGGCCGCCAAGAGCAUGAUCGACGCAGCGUUAGUACAACCAACCACAAAGAAGGAAAAGAAACCCCGAAAACCCGCUCUCACCGCGGCUGAGAAAGAAAACAUCCGACUGGCGAAACUGGAACAAGAAGUCAAGUGGAAAAAAGAGAACGACGUCGCCUGGAUGAACAGGCUGAAUGAGGAGGAGGCGUUGAAAAUAAAACGAGAAAAAGAAGAAGUAGUCGAUAACGCCUUGCGAGCGAUUUUAGAAGAAGCUGACUACAGUCCGAGCCUGUUGAACAGGAUCGACAGAAACGCCCGCGCAGCUUUAGCGGAGAAAUUUUACGAGCACAAAGACAUCAAUUCGGUGCUCGAGAUGGUCGCGCAGGUGGACGAGGAAGCUUGUGAAGAAGAGUACAUUUUCCAGGUAAUCGCUAUCGAGCAGGAACAGAAAGAGCAGGAGCGGAGGGAAAGAGAAUACCCGUUUCUACCGGAGCCCGUGCGAGACGCGUUAAACCCGCAGGAACUGAUUCACCAGUACGAACGGAAUCGGAUGGAGCAAGAAGAGGAGGAGGUACGAGAAGACUACAAUCGCUCUCGGAUGGCGAGAGAGGACACAACCGUGCAGGAGAACUUGCGAAGGAGGAAACUUGUGUUGCUAAAGCACCACAUUGUGUUCUGGCAGAAGCGGAAGUUGUACAAGAGAAUGAAAUUAGUGAAAGCGCUAAGGAACGUGAUUUUCUACGAAUCAAUAGUUUUUCCGCGGUUUUUAGCAGCGGAAAGGAAGAAGGCUUUUCAGGACAAGAUGGGGUUGUGGGGAGGUCUUCAGACCACGGGAAAGAAGAAGAAGCAGAAGGACAUGAUCAAGGCGAAAACCACCAACACUGUAGAAAACGGGGCCGGCGGCAAUGUUUUGAAAGAUUACAAGAUCUGCGUGAAAAUUCCGUUUCCGAACGACCCGCACCGCGAUCCGAAAACCAGUCCGUGGGUCAUUUCCUUCGGGAAAUACCGUGCGAAGAAGGCCGAGAAGAUUUUGGCCAGGAAAGAGGAGAAAAUGAAAAGAAAGCGGUUGAAAACAAUCAACGACAUCAGAAAUGGAUCUGGGCGCGGAGUGGACGCGGCAGCCACAGGAAGUGUUGGCGGUGAGAACAAAAGCUCCAGCAUCCUUAACCGAGCUAGGCAGAGCAGUGACGCUGUUAUAGUUGCAGGUAAGUCCGUAGAAGAUGAAGGCUCCCAGUGGUCAAAGAGCUUGUCCGACGACUCAUCUUCUUCUUCAGGGAGCUCCGGAAGUGGUGAAUCCUCUGCCGAUGACAAGUCGCCGGGCCGACGUUCCGAUUCUUCCACAACUUCCUCCGUGUCAGUGACUUUCUCCUCCGAAAAAUACUCGUCCUCCGAAAAUGAGGAGGAAAAGGAAGAAAAGCAAAACAACAUCCGCAGGCUGAACAACUGGAGAGCGAGUUUCAAAGCCGUUCCGUUUGAUAACAGCGACGAUUCCACGGGGAUGAAUCACGCUAUUUCGGAUGACGAAAUUUCUGAUGCGAGCACGCCCAGGUCGGUGCGGGAUGGUGUGAGGAAGUUGCGGAGACUACUCGAUGCGGAGGGGCGGUCUGCGUCUGAAUUUCGUUUAUUUCCGGAUGGGGAAAUUGCCGAGCAAGGAACGGAGAAACGGAUAACCAUGAAAGCCUUGGAGGAUAAAGCGGUUGACAUGCCGUACCAUAUCAGACCACAAUGGAGCGAAAGCAAGGAAGAUCAACUAGGUGAUGCUGUACUAGUUGCAGAAUCGACAUCUUCGCAGCUGGGUGGAGCUGCGCGGCAUGCCGCUUCUCAUGUAACAGCUGGAGUCAUGGUACAGAAGCUGGACACAGCAAGAGCUGCAGUUGUAGAAGCUUCGGCAGAAGCCGCUGUGCUUGGAGGAGCUGCAAGCGGCUUCGGAGAAAAUGAAAGCGACCAGCAAGACGGAUCGAGUGUCGCAGGAAGUUGUUCAGUAGCUGUUGAUAAUCAACCCCAAACAACCGCAGCCGCCCACGCAGUCUUCAACGGCCGGCUGAUCCAACUAGCAGAAGACGUGGUCAGUGAAAGGAGUAACAGGAGUAGAAACAGCAAGAGAAGCAGUCGCAGGUCCUCGUCGCACAGAUCCUUCGAAAGGAUGAAAUAUCUGCAGCGGCCGAAGAAAAUCCAGAGACCGGUGGUUGUGGAUAUGCAUUGCAAAAAUGUCUGGGUCUGGAAGAACGCAACUUGUGAUGCUGCAUUUGGAUUGCAAAAAAAAUCUGUAUUGCAUGAGCAGCAAAGGGAGUGUGACUUUUGCUACGCGGAGAGGGCAUUCGUCAUGCGGAAUAGGCAUCAAGACGCCCUCAAAAAAUCUGUGAUGCUAGGGCACGCAUCACAGACAUCAUGACUCAUGCAAAACCUGCAUGACAAGUCGAUCGAUUGUGCCACUAGGGCCUUGUGUUCCGGCUACUCCGGAUCGCAAUCGAUGGAGGGCGGGACCUGCACCGGCGACAGGCGCUACCCAACCAACCAACCAAGUCUCAGAAUCUUCCAGACCCAGACAUAUUUGCAUUCCAUAGUGGAGCCUGCACAACGAAACGACGAUGUGUCGUCCUUCUGUUCUUCGUCUUACGCUGCGUCUUCGGAAUUAUUGGUGAAGACCGCGAGGACCAGCCAGAACGGAAAGCAAGGCAGCAUGGCAGAUGACGACUGCUCUUCGCAGCAGGAGCAAGACAAGUUAGCGGAUUCGGACUCCGACCUGGAAGACGAUUCUUCUUCCGGCGGUUCUUUCGCCUGGUCGGAUUGUGAAGGGGAUUCGAACGAAGAGGAGAACGAUGAGAACCCCGACAACAAGAACACCAAAACCGAUAGUACUCUCGAAGACAAGCUUCGCCCAAAACUAGUCGACCCGCAGAAGAUUCUACAGCAACACCAGGAGCGGAUAAUGUUAAUGAUGCGACAAGGAGGAAAGAUGAACCAGGAGCACAUGAUGCACAACAAGCAUGACAUCAAAAACGAUGAAACCAUCUACGUGAAAACGGGCGCGGACCGGUUUGGCGGGCUCACCAAAGACGGGUCUUCCAUGUUCGAACGCAACACUGGGGAGAUAAUCGCCGUGAAAUUGAAAGACUUGAAGAACUCCGACCAAGACGAUAUCAUCGAUUUCGGCAGCAUGAGAAAGCACGAAUUUAACAUCGAGCAGGAGCUGAAGAGAAAAAGACAGGACCACUUCAGCCGUUUUCUCGCUUGCGAGUACCGGGUUUUACAUUGGGAAGUCAUGGAAGACUUGAAACGGGUGAAUUCGGAGUUUUUAGGGGAAAAGGAUGAGGAGGAGCAGCGGGAGUUUUUAGAAUCCGUUGUUCAGAAAAUCGAAGAAGCCGGCAUUUUGAAAGUCUUCGACACGACGCUGCAUGGAUUUGAGAAGAAUUUCGACGUUGCGCAAGUUGCAAAUGCGGUGGGGAACAUUCUAGAUUGGUGGGAGGGCAUCAUGUACUCGAAGGAGCAGGAAUACCAGUCGUUUGUGAUGGGGUGGAAAAAUAUAAAGCAUGGAAGACAAGAAAAGGAAGAGAAGCGGAGUAAGCAGGUCCUCGAAACAAGAACCGCGGGGGCUGAAGAUGUCGAAAUGCAGAGCGGCGACGAGCAGGGAGCUGGACCUGGUGUUUCCGCCGUCGCUGCCGCUGCGGCCGUGGAAAAUGCUCGCAUGAGGCAGGUGUGA